CAAUCCGUCUUCUUCAUCGUUUCUCUCUUCCUCGAUCAUAUACUUCGUCUCCUUCCUGAAACUUUGGGUGCCUGUCUUAUCGAGACACCCAUUACCAAAACAUCAUCGUACCUUCAAAUCUUUUGCUUUUUUUUAUUUAACUUUUUUUUUCCUGUUACCCAAUUUUCUCCCCGAUCAGAAAUAUCAUAAUCUAAUCGCAAAAUCCAAAAUUUUGAAUUUUUUCUCCCGUUCUCAUCGCGUUGUCCUACCGAUAAAAUUCCCUCCUUUUUUUCCGGGAAUAAAAGCAGGGACAAAUAAAAAUUCUGGCAUCUCAGGGUCGUUCUUAUCUGCCUCCAGUAAAAAUAUAGGUUUUUUCCUCUGCUUUCACCAAUUUCUCUGCUUCAGCUAUCGGUAGUAAGGGUUACGCUGAUUACAAUAUAGGUCAUCUGAUCCUGCAACUCAGUUGCAUGAUUGCUGUUCCUGUUUUGGUCGGAUUCUUCACAAUCGUCAGAUGAGACCGAUUCUUCGAUCUGUUCGCAACUUUAGAUGGCCUUUCAGGCAUCAAGAACGCAGUUUUCUAAGCAUCCAAACAAAAAACCGCACCCAUUUGAUCAAUACCAAUCAGAAUCAUGCUCUUCAGAUCAAUUUCAAUGGCGAUAUUGAUACAGCUUUGUGUUCAAGAAGGGUUAGUUUCUUGAGAGCUUUAUCAACUGCAGCUGCUGAUGCUUCCGCACAAACUGUUUCUGUUUCAGAUGUAAAUAGAACGGGCCCCCUUAUCGAGUAUGAGAGAAGAAUCACCUCUGGUGAGCUCAUGAAUGGCGAUAUGUGCCAAUUUGGGGCGUUGGCAGAGCUCCAGAGGCUGUAUGAUGGGCUCGUGGAAUCAGAAAAUGAAUGUCAGUUAGAUCGGUAUAGGACUUCGGAUAAAUCGACAAGAAGCCGAUGGUUCUGGUCUCGGAUAAUGCCUCAGUCAUCAUCGUUCUCGCCCGUCAAGGGACUGUACCUCUAUGGAGGGGUUGGAACAGGAAAGACUAUGUUAAUGGACUUGUUCUUUGAUCAAUUGCCUUGCAAUUGGAGGAAACAGAGGAUUCAUUUUCAUGAUUUCAUGUUGAACGUUCAUAGCCGUUUGCAAAGGCACAAGGGUUUAGCAGAUCCACUCGAAGUUGUAGCCAGAGAAAUAGCCGACGAUUCGAUCUUACUAUGUCUAGAUGAAUUCAUGGUGACUGAUGUUGCAGAUGCUAUGAUACUGAAUCGGCUCUUCAGACAUCUGUUCAGCAAUGGCAUCAUUCUUGUAUCUACUUCAAACCGAGCUCCCGAUAAUCUCUACGAAGGAGGAUUGCAGAGAGAUCUCUUCCUACCCUUCAUUUCCACAUUGAAGGAAAGGAAUGUGGUUCACGAGAUUGGUUCAUCGGUAGAUUACCGGAAACUGACUUCGGCCGAGCAAGGUUUCUACUUCAUCGGGAAAAACCUGUCGACCCUUUUGAAGCAGAAGUUCCAGCUACUGAUCGGAGACAGUAUCGCGGGUCCACAAGUAGUAGAAGUCGUGAUGGGAAGAACAUUACAGAUUCCAUUAGGCGCCAAAGGAUGUGCUUACUUUCCUUUCGACGAAUUAUGCGACCGCCCUCUCGGAGCUGCAGAUUAUUUCGGGCUCUGCAAGAGUUUCCAUACUCUUGCUCUGGAAGGAGUUCCGGUUUUCGGGCUUCAAAACCGGACAGCAGCCUAUAGAUUCGUCACUCUGGUAGACGUGAUGUACGAGAACAAGGCAAGGCUGCUGUGUACGGCAGAAGGCAGUCCUCAAGAACUAUUCGACAAGGUUAUGACAGUGUCGGACGCUAAGCACAGGUCUCCUCGGACAUCGUCGAGAUCGAUCAAGAACGAUAGCUCCGACAUCUGUGUGGACAACGAGUUAGGUUUCGCAAAAGACCGAACCAUCAGCCGAUUGACCGAGAUGAACAGCAAAGAGUACUUGGAGCAACAUGCCAUGUCCCUGAAUCAGUAGAUUACCAAAAACAGUGACAAGAUUCAUCAUAUGAUCGUUCAUGGAUUCAUUAAUAUAUGGUCAUUAAUUGUAUAUUAAUAUUUUGGACCGUGACGAUUCAUCCCUCUCAAGAACAGAUAGCAUGCGCAUGACUUUGCAGGAUGUUUCAAUCAAAGAAAUGAAAGAAAUAUUGCUAA